CUCAAAUUUACUGCACCAGAAAGAGCUAAAGCGGAACGGAACAGAACUUUUCCGUCUCUCUGCCGCCGACCUCACAGAAUCUGCCGGUACUGAGAGCGAUAGAGAGAUGAAGGCAAAGGAGGCGACGGGCCCAAUCAGGCAGUUCGGACAACGCCCCCUUCAGCCGAUCUUCCACCGUAGUUCCAGAUGCAAAGAGGUCAAUGAAAACCAGGGCACCAAGAUAUCCAAGCCCAGCAUAUCUCUGUCGGAAUUUUUGGAUAGAAAAAUAAGCAAAACGAUGCCGCAGAAAUCAAUGCAGGGCAAGGAGGCCGGUUUCCCUUCUCUAGGUGGGCGAGCGAAAUCAUUGACAGGAAAAACUGAGGUCGCAGGACAGAGUGUUCUUCUUGAUGGUCGUGCUUUUAGAUGCUCUGGAGUUGGCGGCAAGACCGCUGAUGAAGAUGAAGCAAUACGUAGUUCAGACCUUGAUCUCAUUUGUGAACUUGCUGGGGCAGAUGAGCAGGAUCUGAGGAAAACAAAGAGACCAAGGACCGAAGGUGAAGGGAGGAAACUUCCAGCUGCUGGCUCCAUUUUUGUGCUUGGCGAUGAUCCAAAGCCAAGGCAGAGAAGAAUCUCAGAGUUCGUGAAUAAGACAAGGGCGGGAUCGCACUUCAACCAUUAUGCUAAUGGCAACGGAUGGUGGGAGUCCGGCAUGGAGGGAGUGGACAAUGAGGAAGUUGGUUUUAAGGAAACAUGGGAAGGCAUGGGCUCCACCUCUUUGGGAGGAUUGCAGUGGCAAGACCUAGAUUUGUGAUUGUACAGUUCCUUUUUUGAAACCAGAGCUUUGAUCUUCAAACGAUCAGGCACCUGCACGUCUCAGUUGCUAGAUUCAGGUACAAUAUAUCUCGUAUAAGGUUGGACCUUGCUUUAUGAUUCCAGUAGGACACAGCUGCCCUGUGAAAUUCAUUGCCUUUGUCUAAUUUAGGUGCGAGCUUCCACAUCA